CGGAUCACCUAACGCCAUUUUUGCAUUCACUUGCAUUUGCUGGUACUAAAGAAGACAUUCACGUUUCUUAAGCGAUUGACCGGCUUCGAAAAUUUCGUUAGUUUUGUGAUCUGUGUAACAAUCGUAUACGUCGGAAAACUUAUUUACAUAAGUACAUAUAAAUAUAAUAAUUAUUGGUGAUGCAUUUGUAGAAUAAUAUAAAGAAAUGGCAAAAUAUUACAUUGAUCAAACAGAUCAAUCGAACAAUGAAGAAUUACAAACAGUGUAUACAAAUGCACCUACUGUCAGUUAUGUGAUAAAUUCAGAAGACUCUCAGCAUGGUCAAUCAAUUAUUGUUGGCAAUGAUCAGUUUAUGGUACUAGAAAAUGUUAUUGACCAAAACACAAUCACAUUGCAGAAUCAGUUUGAAAUUCCAGCUGGGCAACAGCAAAUCUAUUACAUGGAAACUGAUGAUAACAUACAGGGAAUAGAAGCAAUUCAAAGUCAACCAGUUAUAAUGAAUAGCUCUAUACAGCAGAAUGCUACACAAAAAUUGAUCAUGGUACAGCAGAGUCAGCCUUCAAUGAUCAUACAACAGCCACAGAUGAUACAGAGAACGAUGCAUAAACAAAUUCAACCAAGGAUACAAACACCACAACAAAUUAAUGUGGCAAGUCCACCCAGACUUUUGUUAACUAAUCAAGUCAGACCAGGAACUAUUAACCCAAGACCCACUAUACAAACUAAGAUAAAUAUUCCUAGAAAUCCAUUGCAAAGAACAGCAAGCCCAGUUCAAAGGGCUGGGCUAAGACCGCAGUUGGUUCCAUCAUUAGUUCAAAGGCGACCAAUAAGAGCCGGAGUGAUUCAAAAUGAUGCACCACCAUUAUUAAUGCAAGGUGGUAAUAAAAGUGUAGUGACUAGAACACAAUUCACACCUAAAGAUAUAAGAAAACUUGUGAAUGCUUCAAUUGCAACAACAGGAGAAAUUCUACAAACUGCUGGUUCUUCGGAGGAACAAAGUGUAGAAGGAGAAAGUACAGUCAUAUCAAUGCAAGAGUAUCAGCAACUAUUGGCUGAUCGCAAAAGAGCAGCUGAGAAUACUAACAAGAUGAUGAACCGGAUUAAAAAUUUGAACAAGAAGGCUACAAUAAAAAUACCAUUGACACGACCAACUGCAACAGCUAUUCAGACACAAGCAAAACCUCAGCUACUGGUGAAUGAAGAAGAAAGUACGCGUUUAGAGAAGGCAGGAAAAAGACAUCAAAAUGCUCGAAUAAUAAAGCCUAAGGAUAACAACAGAUUACCAGCUAUUUUAAGAAAUUUUGUCCCGCCACCAGAAAUUAGAGAUAUUAUAAGCAAAACACAACAUACAUUGGAAUUUCAAAAUUCAAUUAGAAUGUUUGUAAUUCAUGAGAGCGGUGAACAGAGGCUAAUAACAUUUACAAUGCCUAAGGAAGACUGCACUAUACAAGAAAUUUUGGAACAGGUUGGAGUUCCAAUUGCAGCAAAUACAAAAAUAGCUAUUUCAGAAACAAAUGCUGAUGGUAUUAACUUAGUUGUUUCUGUUGGCAUUCCAGUUGAUGAUGAUAUACCUGAACCUGAAUCUUCAAUUAAAAAUGUACCGUCAUCUUCUGCUGCACCUCUCAUACUUAAUUCUAAGGGUAGUUUGGAAAUCCCUCCUAAGGUUGCAACCCCUGAACUGUCAGCACCUCAAGAAAAUGAAACACCUAAGUACAUUCAAGGAAUGUUAGCAGUUUGCACUCAUUGCGGAUUUCUAUCUGAUGAUUUCAAUAAAUGCAUUAGAUGUAAAAGCAAAUUACCAGAUGGAAUAAAAGCAGUGCCUAGUUCUAACUUUUACAAGAAAGGCACUGAUGCACGAGUCCAGAAACCAACAAUAGCCAUUAACUUGAAGAACAAUGGCAAUGUCAAACCUUCAACUUCUAUAGGAAUAGCUAAAAAAAAGAUGAAGCCGAAAGUAGUUGAUCAGGAACCUGUUAUACUGACAUUAAGUUCUGAUGAUGAAGAUGCUGAUGAAUCACAAUCAAAUAAUGCAGACCAGCAAACAAAAAAAUCUGAAUCUCCGAUUUCUAUUCCACAAGAACCAUCUCUAAACGAUUUCAAAGAGAAUGGAUCAAAUGAAGUAACCCGUUUAGAUAUAAAAGAAGCGGGUAGCAAAGAAGCUCUAAUUACAGCAAAAUUACGUUGUAGGACUAUUCGAAUUGGUUCGUAUAACAUUCAAGCGCCAGAUGAGAUAAUUUUAAACACGAAGGAAUUAAUUUUGCGCAUACCAAGUCUGGAAGAUAACGCAAUUAAAUCAAUUAAAGUACCACGAACUUCAGUGGUCAAAGUAUUAGCUAAUUUCCAAAAGCUAGUUCCAGUUAUAUUUUACUAUGUUGCACCAUCUAUCGGUGAAAGUAUUAGAAAUGAGUUACAUAUGACAACGGGAGGGGAAUAUUAUUUUGAUCCCGUAUCUAACGAAGAGACUUACAAGAGAAUAACAUUGUUGCUCGAUAGUGUAUCCGAAGAAAUUAAAUGGAUCUUCACGGAAAUUUAUCGAGCUGUUGGUAAAUUUGAAGAAUUGAACGUUAAAGAUGCUAAUAUUGUAUUGGUGAAAAGUUCUCCCAGGCCUAUUGUGAAACUGCCAACAAUAACUCAAGCAUCUGCAAUGAGUAGCUCUGAAGUAAGACAACUAUUAAUCUAUCCACCAGGUAUUACAGGUGGUUUACCUAUAAACACUGAAGACUACUUAUGCCUAGCACAAGAUCAAUUUUUAAAUGAUGUGAUAAUAGAUUUUUAUUUGAAAUAUUUAGUAUUGAAUUUACCAAAAGAAAGUCAAGACAAAAUUCAUGUUUUUUCAACAUUCUUCUAUAAAAGAUUAACCACAAAGCCUACAAAACCAUCUAGGAGAACGUAUCCAGCUGAAAUGGAUCCAUUAUUAACAGCCGCACAAAAAAGACAUUCACGAGUUAAAAGUUGGACCAAGAAUGUUAAUCUUUUUGAGAAAGACUAUGUUGUAGUACCUAUAAAUGAGAAUGCUCACUGGUUCUUAGCAAUUAUUUGUUUUCCGGGAAUGAAUGGCGCGCACACAUUCGAUGGAAAACCAUAUAAAAUUGAACAGAUUGAACAUAAAAGACGGAUUGUCACUAACAAUCUCACACUAAGGCAAAUGAAAAUUGAAAAGGCCGCAGCUACGGUUAAUUGCGAUGAGGGUGACUUAAGUGAUAAGGAUGAAGCUGAGGGUGAUGAAAGCGAGUUAGAUUCAAAUGAAGAUAGUGACGAUGCAGCAACUACAUCUUCCGUUAAAAUAUUACAAAGUGAAUCUAUAAAACAACCGUGCAUCUUAAUUUUCGAUUCGUUGGCUGGUGCAAGUAGAGCAAGAGUAGUCGCUACUUUAAGAGAUUAUCUAACUUGCGAGCACAAAAUAAAACAAGGCACAGUAAAAGUAUUUAACAAGGAUGUUAUUAAAGGUGCUUGUCCAAAAAUCCCGCAACAGACUAAUUAUACCGAUUGCGGGUUAUACUUACUGCAAUACGUAGAAAGUUUCUUCCAAGAUCCUAUUAAAGAUUACCGUUUACCUAUUUCGACAUUAAAGUUAUGGUUUAAUGAAUUGACAGUAACCAAAAAACGCGAGGACAUAUCAAAUUUGAUAAAGUCUCUAAUGGUAGAAUACAAGAAGAAUGUGAAUAUAUUGCCGAUUCUACAAUUUCCAACAUUGAACGGUGAGUUAGUGGAAACGCAGCCGGAAGAGGACGAGGAGGAGGAAGAAGAGGAACCAAUGGAUGAAGAAGAGGACGAGGAAUGCGAUGGACCUAGGGACGAGGUGGAAUCGGAGAACGAAAAUGUAACAAGCUCACAGGAUACCUCGUUGAUUAAACCUAGCGAGUCCUCUGCUAAUCUUGAUACAGGGUUUACGGAGGAGUCUGUGUUUAACACUUCUAAAGUAAAGCCGGAUAUGAAGGAAGUUCCUACCAUAAGCAACAGAGAUACAAUGUCCUAUUUAAAAUCCAAGAGAAUCAUCAAACAUAGAGUCACUGAUUCCUCUGACAUUAAGAAAAUGCGCCUGGCUGACUAAUUGUUUCAGUAUGAAAUUCAUUUUUUUGUUAUACUACUGAGUAUUAAGUUAUUUCAUUUCUU